UAGUGACAGAAGCGAGUAGCGGUAGAGCGCCUUUAUUAUAAAGGGAAUAAUAGCGAGGCGCGGCACGCAUUUAAGGCGCACAUCACAUCGUAAAAACCCUUAGAAAAUACAGGAAAUACCGUAUCGCUGGAAUAACCUGGAGAGUGCAUCUUUUAUCCCGGAGAGGGAGAGAAACGCCUGAGACAGCGCGUUCAUCUAUACGCUUCUUGUAGACGCACGCCAAGACCGGUUCAAAAUGUCUGCCCCAGCCCCUGGCGGUGCCCCUGCCCCAGAGGGAGGUAACCAGCCUCCCAACCUCACCAGCAACCGACGCUUACAGCAGACACAGGCUCAGGUGGAUGAGGUGGUUGACAUUAUGCGUGUGAACGUAGACAAGGUUCUGGAGAGAGACCAGAAGCUGUCCGAACUGGAUGAUCGGGCUGAUGCCCUGCAGGCUGGAGCCUCACAGUUUGAGACCAGCGCUGCCAAGCUCAAGAAUAAAUACUGGUGGAAGAAUGCCAAGAUGAUGAUUAUCCUGGGGAUGAUAUGCGUGAUUGUCCUCAUUAUUAUCAUCGUGUACUUCAGCACCUAAAGUACGAUGUUCCUACCCCACUGUGAGCUCGCGAACGCCCGAUUCGGAGCCACAGAGAAAUCCCUCGGAAAAAAAGAUGAGAAAAUGACUUCUCGCAACGAUCUAUUUAUUUGCCCUCAAUCAGUCUAAAUCUGCCCCUUUCCCCCUGUCUCCACUGCCUCACAGCUGGACCCCUGUAACUUCUCAUCCGUCCUGUAAGUGAGUGUGUGGCCAUGUGUCCUCUGUAAAUACCUCCGGCUUUUCUGAACUACUGUUCAUAUUCUAAACUCUCGAUUCCUCGUGAGAACAACAACCGAGAAAAACACAACCCUUAGAAUAUGAUAAGAUUAUACAGUAUAUAUUUAAAAUGGUCUUUGUAGAGUUUUAUUCUGAUAAUGGUUUUUUGUAGUUUGUGUGUGAGUGUGCGUUUGUAUAUUUUUUAAAGUUUUGUAAGACUUGUUUUGCUUCAGGUUUAAACUACUGCCUCUUGAUCUGGGUGUUUGUAUCUUGCACGCUCUAUUUCACUCUUUCUCUUACUCUCGCUCAUGUAUUGGUGUAGUUUUGCACAAGUGAUAGACUCCAUUAUCUACUAACUCAAUAUUUCCAGAUUUUUCCCUUGUCACAUUAACUCUGUCUCUGAACUACACAUUGCCCCAUUUCUUUCUUUCUUUCUUUCUUUCUUUCUUUCUUUCUUUCUUUCUUUCUUUCUUUCUUUCUUUCUUUCUUUCUUUCUUUCUUUCUUUCUUUCUUUCUUUCUUUCUUUCUUUCUUUCUUUCUUUCUUUCUUUCUUUCUUUCUUUCUUUCUUUCUUUCUUUCUUUCUCACCAACAGUACUCACUCUAUCCGUGAACUGCCACUACAGAUCGGACCAACGACUGUAGAUGUUUAUCUUCAUUUUUGAUGUCUUUAGUGUCUUAUCUCUUAAACAUUCCUCUACGACAGUGUAGAUUUAUGCUGUUUUAAAACACAUACAGCGUAAACUAAGUGUGUUAUCUUAAGGAAUUAAAACGUAAGUCUUAACCUCAACAGACCGCACAAAAAAUCACUUGGGUUUGUGAAAGUACAUUGCGCUGUACGUUAAAGACAAUAUUUAAAAGUGAUACUAAAAUGACAAAUCAGGGACAAAAUUGGCGCUGAAUCAUUUUUGCUUUUUUAAAGGCCAGAGAAUCUCCAUACAGAGAGAUGUGUGAGUGUGAAUUUGACAACGAAUGGGAAAUAUUAUCAUGCACAAAAAGCUUGUUUUCGAUGGCGCUUUUUUAACUGGUUAGACUGCAGGUGCAAUGUGAGAGAACAAUGCGUUGUGUUACUUUCUCAUAUCAGCCUCUGUCAGAAGUACUGCCAAACCAAUACAUUAACCUCAAAUGAAUUCACCCGUCUGAAAGCACACUGGUUUAUUUUACGACAUCAAAGUGAGCUUGUCUUAACAGUCAUGGUUAUCUCUCUUAUAUCUAGAAACUGCCUUUUUAGUUUUUUCUCUUUAAAUUGUAGAGAUAGAUGUAUAUUAUAUUUUUGUGUGAAGCAGGCAAAAAAAGGGACCAGCUCUUUCGCUGCUGUUGCCAUGUGCGCAGCAAGUACUUUUUGUCACUCGCCUCUCUGUGUGCCUGUUUAUUGAGUUCAGCUGUAGUUUACACACUGCCGAGCACCUGAGGGGACGUUUUUUUUCCUGAUUUCGUUUUCAUCGUGCCCUUGCCGGUGUGCUAUUGUGCAUGUACACGCCUCCAUCACCAUCACCCUUCAGUCUCACCCACCCAAUCUGUCGACAAGAAGCAAGCCAGGCAUGAAGUGUGCACGUGAUCACCCCCCUCCCCUAGUUUAGUCGUGUGUGUCAGUUUUCAAUGCACUUUAAUUUCUCUGAUUAGCUUUUCUCUAUUUGUACUCUGUGAAGAGUCUGCAUGCGUGGAUUUUAAGACUCUUGUUGUGUAGUAUUCCUGCUUCGACCUGACAGAUUAGACUGCUUAGAGUUCUGUAGAUAAAGAAGGGCUGUUACCACGGUAACGUGGUUACAUGAACGAGAGGGAGGGUACAGAUUAUCUGAUUAAUUGUGACAGGAGGCGGAGCUAUUGUGAAGGGGCAGUGCUAGAGCAGUCAUCCCGAUUUGAAGCAUUCAUUCAUUCAUCAUCAUUUUCUCUUUUUUAAAAGGAGACGGCCUUAGUACAUUUCAUUUAUUUUCAGUAUCUCAUUUAUCCCACUCAUGUUGGCCUGAUUUAAUAGACAACGACCAAAGACCAUACUAUAUCUUGCUUAUACUGCCAACUGCCAUCAAAAACAGGUUUAGGGACAAAACAUUUCCCUCAUUCUCUGACAGAUCUCUGGUUUUUUUUAAAAAGGGAAAAAUGCAAAUACCCCCUCUCUGUAUUUUCAGGUCUAUCUUUAUUUACUUGAAUAUUUUUAUUGGUAUAAAAGUUGCUAUGAUUGCGGACAGGAAAAUGAAUUUACACCCAGGAGACUGAUGUAUCCCCAGAUCUGAACCAGAUAGCACAACCUUUAAGUCUGUCUUUGUGAUGCUCAGUAUAAAACAUGAAACGUAACAUUUCUUUGCAGCUGUUUGAAGAAAAAAGACAAAAAAAUCUAUACUGUUUUGUGUUGUAGUGUGGGGUUCAUGUGGGGGAAGGGGGUCCUAUUUUGUUCAAGAUUUUACUAUCCUGAGAAUUCAAAUGUAAACACUAAAAUUAGGAUAAGUACAGCCGAUAUCAAAAUAGAAAAACGUACAAAAUGAUAUAUUAUAUUAUGCACAUUCAAAGAUUCUUCUCCCAGGGGUUGUCAACAUUGUAAAGGGGUCUAUGUUAUAACUAAUUCACAAAUGCAAUGGGGUAGGAUUCUAAAAUGAUUAAAAAUGCUUCACAAAAAGGAUUAUAAUAGGGAGCUAAUAAAAAAACGUGUGUGCUUUUUGUGACUGUGCGAAGGUAUUUUUUGUUUCGUCUUGGCACUUUUGUUUCGGUCAGAAAUGUGUGGGCUGAGAGAGAUGGUGGGAGAAGUUUUGUCACGCCAGCUUGUUAAAAACAUUGCAUCUUUCUAAUUGGAGGGAACCAAUGAAGAUGCAAAACAGACAGUAAUUUCUCCAUUACACACAUCACACAGUUGUUUAGAUUUAAGUUUUGUUUACUUUAAGCAGAUAUUAGUUAAGGCUUUGCGCCGAUGCUCUGUGGCACAGUAGUCAAAAUAUUUUUUUAAUAUAUACUUUAAGAUAAGAACGGUGACCGAAGAUAUCGAAGUAAUACUGGAAACUGAACCCUGCCUUAGUAAAGGUUAGAGUUUUUUCUUCAGAAAGCUUGUAUGUACAGAGUAUGACUGCAAAUACCAACUUUACAUGGUUGCUAUCAGUUCAGAGAUGCGCUGUUGUUUAUUGAAGGUUUUUAGGGACGUAACUGAGAAUAUUCAUACGAGCAGAAUUUCAGAGGUUGGUCCUAUAGAGCUUUGCGCUGGUCUACUAGAAAUGCAUUGAAGCGAUAGCCAAGUUGUUGUAUUAAUUUAACAAUUUUCAUAUUUUAUUUAUUUAUUUUAUUUAUGGAGGUUUGUGUAGAAAAUGUUCUAGAUUGGUAUUACCCCUUUUCCUCUGGACUUUUUGGAGGGACUAGGCUGGAGGGUCACGGGUAAUACAGUCUAAACACAAUGUUAUUUUUUAUUUUACGACAUAAGUAAUAAUUGAUUGAAUUUUGAACAGAACCAAGUACAUUGUAACAGGGAAACAUUUGGCAACCAGACAUACGUAAAAUCAAUUGUAGAGUAAUCUGUCAAUGUCUAUUAUAAGGAUGAACAUCUUGGGAAAAUAUAUAUAUAUACAUAUAUAUAUAUUGCAAAAAAAGACAGUUAUAAUGACCUGUGUUUAUUGUUCCGACUUAGAAAUUAAAAUGGGUGUGUGUGUUUGAAAACAAUGACAACAUAAAAAUAAAUAUAUAAAACUGU